AUGUCGAAACUCAACAUCGACAACCUCAAAAAGGGCAUCGUCCAAAUCCUUGAUGGAAGCAAGGAAAAGCAGCGCAAAUUCCUUGAGACAGUUGAACUCCAAAUCGGCCUGAAGGAUUACGACACGCAGCGCGACAAGCGAUUCGCAGGUACCAUCAAGUUGCCAAACGUGCCACGCCCACGAUUGAAGGUGUGCGUUCUUGGGGAUGCAGUGCAUUGCGAGCAAGCCCAGAGGGCCAACGUGCCUUUCAAGAGCGUGGAGGAUUUGAAGAAGCUGAACAAGAACAAGAAGAUGGUGAAGAAGUUGGCUGACAGCUUUGAUGCCUUCCUUGCCUCCCAGGUGCUCAUCCCACAGAUUCCUCGAUUGCUUGGCCCUGGUCUGAACAAGGCUGGCAAGUUCCCUACUCUGGUGCAGCAUUCUGACAACCUGGAAACCAAGGUCACUGAGGUUCGAAGCCAGGUGAAGUUUCAGCUGAAGAAGGUCCUGUGCAUGGGCGUUGCGGUGGGCAACGUGGGCAUGACCCCGGAUGAGCUGAGGCAGAACUGUUUGAUGGCCAUCAACUUCCUGGUGUCGCUGCUCAAGAAGAACUGGAACAACGUGAUCAAGGACUUGUUGGCCAAGGGUGCGGUUGUCGAGUCUUUGGAUUUGAAAGAAGCACCUGACAUCUUGGCACAGGUGUUGUCAGAGGAGGAGCUUGGACGAUUCAGCACAAAGCUGGUUGAUGUGGCAGAUUCUGCAAAGGAAGCGAUCCUUAACUUUAAACCAACAGCCGUGAUCCAUCUCGCUGGCGUUCAAAUUCCACCAGUGCGCAGCAAUGCCCCUCUGGGCGUUUCAGUGAAUCUGCUGGGCACCGUGAAUGUCUUUGAAGCAGUGAAAGCUUUAUGCGCGGACGGGGGAGCAGCGGUGCCAGUGGCAUAUGCAUCUUCUGGUGCCGUACUUGGCCCAUCUUCAGAUUACGCUGCUGGAGCACCCUUGCCGGCUGAGCGAGACUAUCACAGGCCUCGGACUCUGUACGGUGUGUUCAAGCUGUGCAACGAGGGCAUGGCCAGAAUAUAUUGGCAGGAUCAUGGCAUCCCUUCAGUGGGUCUUCGUCCACUGACUAUCUUUGGCGUUGGAAGAGAAAUCGGCUUGACUUCCGGGCCGACCAAAGCAGUCAAGGCAGCAAUCCUCGGGCGCCGCUUCGAGAUCGAGGUCGCAGGUGUCACUGGAUUUCACCACGUGGCAGACGUGGCAAGGCUCUUCGUUGACACUUUGCCUGGUGCUGUCCGCCUCCCCGGCGCCCACGUUUCUGGGAUCAAGGGCCAUGUAGUCUCCUACGAGGAAUUCCUGAGAAAAGCCGCCCAAGUUGUGCCCGAGGUGGCCAAGUUGGCGUGGAUUCGCAAAGGCGCUCCAGAGGUGCCCAUCCACGGCGAUGUGGAUGAAGCACCACUGCACAUGCUGACCCAACGGGACAAGAUCCACAUGUCAUUAGAGGAGGCCAUCAGGGAGAUGGUGCAGCGAUACCAAGACUUGAAGGCACGUGGCAAGCUGAGUGAUAAAGAUCUCGGUGCAGAGCCACCGGCUCCCGCAAAGAACGUAGAAUGUUUGCCAUUGAAAGCCAUGUUGUGGCUAUUAGGUUUGUUUGCUCUACUGACAAGCGUCUUGUCACAGGACUACAUGGCAAGGAUCGAUCCAUCCUUGCGGAGAUGGAAGAGAAGUGUCAGAGUUUCCGAGGAUUUGCUGCUUCAUCUUGAAGUUCAUCAGGGCGAGUUGCGAGCCUUUCAAGCUGAUGGCCAGCAGAUGGAUUUGUCAGAGGACGAUGCAGCGCAACUGCAGUCCGUGUUCCCGUUUGAUGCUUUCGCUCCAGAAGCAAAGCUUGAGCCGAUAGCACCUGCAGCCUGGGAUGCCAAGCGCCUACGGUUUGGAAAGGACGCCCGCCCAUUUGAGGGAUGCGCUGUGAAUGAUGAGAACCACCUGGAGAGGACGACAGUGGCAGUCUUUCAAAGAUUAAAGAGUGAACCGCUGGGCGUCGUCGUCACUGUUGGAGGGCUAUAUGGAUACAGCCAUGGUGAAGGAGAAGAUGUAUUAGAUGAUCCUGCAGUGGAGCUGUUGUUGGAAAUGCAGCAGAACGGAAUCCGCAAUCUUCGGGCCUUGUGCUUGGGCUGUGAAGCAAAACAGGUAGCUUCUCUCACUCGAGCCAGGAGCUUGCAGAAGGUGUUCCAGGUGCAAGCACUGGACCCCCAAGCCCUGCGCUCGGCCGUGCCCGAGAUACUUCUUCCCAAAGCCUUUGUAGGCCAAGUUGAUUUGCUUCGUUUGGAUUCAUUGCCGCACGGAUCCUCCUGCCAAGUGUUGCGAAGUCUUUUGAUGAAGGUGCAGCCGCGGCUUCUUGCGAUGUUUGUUUUCAGUCAGGUGCCACCUCCCUUCAACUUCAUACCCCAUGGUCAAAGUGUGGAAACACCGCCAGCCAUCAUGGCCUGUUCAUUGUCGGCAGUGAUGCAGGUGGUAGCACCUUACAAUCUCUUCCUCAUCCACUUGACUGGCCCCUAUGCUUUGUUUGUCCAACGCGACGAAUGGCACCAGGAGCUACCUAUCGAUGAAUUGGAUUGUUACCGCAAGGCAUCAGUUUGGGGCAUGGAGGACAUUCCUAUCAACUUUGUGCGGGAAUGGUUUUUUGAAGAUGUCGAUGAGGCGUGGCAUGUCAACGACUUCAACGACUUGGCCUCAGCGGUGCACGUCAAAGGGCCUGCGUCGCUGCCGCAAACCUGGCGUGCAUGUGAGAGUACCGAUGAAGACCAGAAAAAGAUUCUCAAAGGUCUUAACCUGACCAUCCGUGAGGGUGAGGUCCAUGCUGUGAUGGGCCCGAACGGUUCCGGUAAGAGCACUCUGGCGAAGGUUCUGAUUGGUGACUCAGCCUAUGAGGUGACGACAGGAAGCGCAACACUCGGUGAGAGCAAUCUCUUGGACUUGGAGCCGCACGUGGGCAGCCCAGACACGGAACGUGCGCUGGAGGGUCUUUUUUUGGCCUUUCAAUCACCUCCUGCUGUCAGUGGCGUGCAAAGUCUCUCCCUGAUGCUACGACUUGAGGUUCCUGCAGCAACUGAGUCCGAUACCUUUUCGACCUCCAGUGCGCUGGACACGCUCAAACGGUUUGAUGUCUACAACAAGGUCCACGAUGACUUUAUGCAGAAAAGACAGACUGGUGGAAUUGUCACCUUGGUCACUGCAAUCAUUUUGGCCAUGCUCUUCUAUUGCGAAGUGGCAGAAUUCUUCUCUGUUGAGAUUUUGCACAGCAUCACGGUUGAUACCAACAUCGACCGGAAGUUGCCCAUCUCUCUAGACAUUACUUUUCCUCACAUGCGGUGCUCGGAGGUGUCGGUGGACACAGUCGACUCCGCUGGUGACACUCAGGUGGACGCCCACGGCGGCCUGCAGAUGCACAACUUAGAUGCGCAGGGAAGAGUUUCCCCUGGUGACCCAGUGGCUGGUCCUGAGGAUUGCUGGUCAUGCAUGGAAGCAGCUGAUGCCAAGCACAAGUGUUGCAACAGUUGCCAAGAGCUGAAGAAAGCCUACAACGACCAGGAGCUUCCAUAUUUCCAUGUGCUGGACAAAGCCAUGCAGUGCAAAAAUUCCAUUGGAUGCAAGAUCAAGGGCAAGGUCACUGUGAACAAGGUGAGCGGCAACGUUCAUGUUGCUCUUGGAAAAUCAGUUCAGCGAGAUGGAAAAUUGGUUCAUGAGUUCAACAUCGAAGAUAUUGGUGAUGGCUUCAACACGUCACACUACAUCGACUCCAUCACUUUUGGAGAGUAUGUGGAAGGGCUUCAAUCUCCUCUGGCUGGGACACGGAAAAUUGCGGGUCCUGGGUCUUGGAUGUAUCACUACUACAUCAAGUUGGUUCCCACCAUCUAUGUGAAUCGCUGGGGCACUAAAACCUACACCAACCAGUAUUCCGUUACCGACAGUGCGAGAAAUGUCCAAGUGAAGGAGGGUGAGUUGUCUGGCUUACCUGGAGUAUUCCUCGUUUACGACUUCAGUCCCUUCUUGAUGAAGCAAACUGAGCAGGUGAAACCCUGGUCCUACGUCUUCACCUCGAUUUGUGCAAUAAUUGGUGGCGCCUUUUCAGUUGCAACCCUGGUUGAGAUGGCGCUCAGCAGCAUGGUGAGUUGCUUGUGA